UGUUAUUGCUGCAAAGUGUUCGUGUUAUUGUAAACCUUAAAUGGAUUUAAUAAACAAUGAAAUCCGGCCAUGGGAUGCCGAUGACGUUAAAGAACAGUUUGGGGACAGUCUCAUGCUGUUGCCCUCGAAUGACAACAUCAAAGAACUGCAAAGUAUUUUACGGGACAAGAACACAUCGCGAAGUGAUUUUAAGUUUUAUGCGGACCGUUUAAUAAGGCUUGUGAUCGAAGAGAGCCUGAACAAGCUUCCGUUUACGGAUUGCGAGGUGGUGACUCCCACGGGAGCGUUGUACAAAGGGCUGAAGUAUGGAGCUGGGAACUGUGGCGUGUCAAUCGUGCGGUCUGGAGAGGCUAUGGAACAAGGUCUUCGAGAUUGCUGCCGUUCCAUCCGCAUCGGCAAGAUCCUGGUGGAGAGUGACACAGACACGCACGAGGCUCACGUAGUCUAUGCCAAGUUCCCUGAAGACAUCGCCCGGAGGCAGGUGCUACUCAUGUACCCCAUCAUGUCCACAGGAAAUACUGUUAAACAGGCCGUAAAUGUCUUGACACAACACGGUGUGAAGGAAGAGCGCAUCAUAUUGUCUAAUCUAUUCUGCACGCCGGCGGCAGUGCAGGCUGUGGUAGACUAUGUGCCCAAGAUGAAGAUACUCACCUCCGAGCUCCACCCUGUAGCGCCUAACCACUUUGGACAGAAGUACUUUGGGACCGACUGAGAGUUUAUAUUGACUAUAACUAUUUUGUCUGGUGACUUGAGACUAAACAAAAGGUUUACUAUCAAAAAAUUCUAAUGCCAGCAGUACACACUAUUUGAAAACUGGUCAAAAACUGACCCAAUUUGGCUGAGGAGGGUGAGACAUUAUGAGUAAAAGCAUGACUAGAAGAAAAUACUGUAUGUGUAAAUACACUUAUUGUAGUAUACACUUUAUUCUCAGCCUGUCUCAUUUUUCUAGGAAAGUGUGUGCAUAUGUUAGUUUUUGGAAGUACCUAAUAUGAGUGAUCUUUUACCCCAAAGAAAUGUUGGGAGUUGAUACGCUUUUCUCUAACUUGCUUGUUUGUAAAACUGCAGCUUCAAUAUUUUAUAAUAAGUCUGGGAUAAAUGUUUCACUUGAUUUAAAUAAAAUUGUCUUCCUUCUAUCAUCUAAAUGGAACAUUUUAGAAUGUUUAAUGUUGACAGCUAUUUAUGGAUACAAUAUUCAAAAAGAUAAAUUAAUACCGAUAGUUAGACGCAUUUAGCCCAGUUGACCUCAAACUUCUUUAUUCUAACAGGGGGCGAUUUUUGAACUUCGAUCACUUUCGUGAAUGUAGUUUAAUAAUAUAUCCACUACUAACCUACUACACUUUUGAUUCUACUAAUAAAAUUGAAAACGAAUGGUAAAUUAAAUACGAGAAUACAAAUAUAGCGCUCGUUUUUUUUUUAUAUAGCAUAUCGCCCGUUUUCCCCUGACAUUUUUGAAUGGCGAAAUCGAGCGCUCUAAAUUCAAUGAUCGGUCAUCAUAUUGUUCAUAAAACCACUGAUGCUAUAUAUUUUAUACAAUUAAAAAUCAUGCUAAGAUUUAACAGUUGGUGAUACUCUAUUUAAUUAAUAAUAAGUUUAAAAUUCUAUUUGACCGAUGAUUCAUGAAUACAUGGUAGAAAAUCUCAAUAAAAUAAUUUUAGAAAUGUAAGCUGUACAACUGAAUAAUAUAUUUUUAUAGGCAAAUUGUCUACAGAAAAUAUACAGCACGUAAACGUAAUAAGGGCGAUAAAUGAAACCAUGCGUAUAAUUCAAUAUUGUUAUCAUUAAUUAAGAGGUGUUUUUGAUUUACUCUUAAUUUUCACCCCAUAAUGAUUUUUGAA